CCGGGGUUUGGCGGCGCCAGAGCAGCGGAUCUCGGUGUCGCCGCGGCAGCCGCGCCGGUGUCGCGCGCGGCCUGAAGACGCCGUACCUUUCUGCCCCCCACCUUUUUUUUUUUUUUUUUUUAAAUAACCGGAACCAAUGAACGUAGCUGGGACCCGAGCUCCAGAGGCCGCCGGUGCCGAGGGGACCAGGCUGGCGCCCGGCAGGAGCCCGCGGCGGGGGCGGCCCGAGGAGGCGGCGGCGGCGGCGGCGGCGCCUCACGGAGCGGGCGAGUGGCCGGCGGUCGCGGCGCCCGCUCCUCUCCCGCGCCCUCAUCCCGCCGCGGCGCCCGGCCCGGCCUCGGGCUGGCGGCGGCGCUGGGCUGCGCUGCUCUUGCUCGGGCUGCUGGUGGCCGGAGCGGCGCACGGAUGCGAGUUGGGGCCGAGGCACCUCCGCGGGCGGCGGGCGUCGGGCUCUGCCGGGGCGGGAGCCUCCUCUUCCUCCGCGGCGGCGGGCGAGAGCCCGGCGCUCAUGACAGAUCCCUGCAUGUCCCUGAGCCCACCGUGCUUUACAGAAGAAGAUAGAUUUAGCCUGGAAGCGCUUCAAACAAUACACAAACAAAUGGAUGACGACAAGGACGGGGGGAUUGAAGUAGACGAAAGUGAUGAAUUUAUCAGAGAAGAUAUGAAAUACAAAGAUGCUACUAAUAAACACAGCCAUCUGCACAGGGAGGAUAAGCAUAUAACUGUGGAGGACUUAUGGAAACAAUGGAAAACAUCAGAAGUUCAUAAUUGGACCCUUGAGGAUACGCUUCAGUGGUUGAUAGAAUUUGUUGAGCUACCCCAGUAUGAGAAGAAUUUCAGAGACAAUAAUGUCAAAGGAACAACGCUUCCCAGGAUAGCAGUACAUGAGCCUUCAUUUAUGAUCUCCCAAUUGAAAAUCAGUGACCGGAGUCACAGACAAAAGCUGCAACUCAAGGCACUGGAUGUGGUUUUGUUCGGACCUCUUACACGCCCCCCUCAUAACUGGAUGAAGGAUUUCAUCCUCACGGUUUCUAUAGUAAUUGGUGUUGGAGGGUGCUGGUUUGCUUACACACAGAAUAAGACAUCAAAAGAACAUGUUGCAAAAAUGAUGAAAGACUUAGAGAGUCUGCAAACAGCAGAGCAGAGUCUAAUGGACUUACAAGAAAGACUUGAAAAGGCACAAGAAGAAAACAGAAAUGUGGCUGUAGAGAAGCAAAACCUGGAGCGCAAAAUGAUGGAUGAAAUCAAUUACGCCAAGGAGGAGGCCUGCAGGCUGAGAGAGCUCAGGGAGGGAGCGGAGUGUGAGCUGAGUCGGCGUCAGUAUGCAGAGCAGGAGCUGGAGCAGGUCCGUAUGGCUCUAAAAAAGGCUGAAAAAGAAUUUGAGCUGAGAAGCAGCUGGUCUGUUCCAGAUGCACUCCAGAAAUGGCUUCAGUUAACACAUGAAGUGGAAGUUCAGUACUACAAUAUUAAAAGACAGAAUGCUGAAAUGCAGUUAGCUAUUGCUAAGGACGAGGCAGAAAAAAUUAAGAAGAAGAGAAGCACCGUCUUCGGGACUCUGCACGUUGCACACAGCUCCUCCCUCGAUGAGGUAGACCACAAGAUCCUGGAGGCGAAGAAAGCGCUCUCCGAGCUGACGACCUGUCUGCGGGAACGGCUCUUUCGCUGGCAGCAGAUUGAGAAGAUUUGCGGCUUUCAGAUAGCCCAUAACUCGGGACUCCCCAGCCUGACCUCUUCCCUUUAUUCAGAUCACAGCUGGGUGGUGAUGCCCAGAGUCUCCAUUCCUCCCUAUCCGAUUGCCGGAGGGGUUGAUGACUUAGAUGAGGAUACACCCCCAAUCGUGUCACAGUUUCCUGGGACCAUGGCUAAACCCGCUGGAUCGCUGGCCAGAAGCAGUAGCUUGUGUCGCUCUCGUCGCAGCAUUGUGCCGUCCUCGCCGCAGUCUCAGCGAGCCCAGCCUCCCCCGCACGCUGCUCACCCGCCGCACGCGCGGCACCCCCACCUCCCCCAGCACACGCAGCACUCGUUGCCUUCCCCUGAUCCAGAUAUCCUCUCCGUGUCAAGCUGCCCUGCGCUCUAUCGCAAUGAGGAGGAGGAGGAGGCCAUCUACUUCUCAGCUGAAAAGCAAUGGGAAGUGCCGGACACAGCCUCCGAAUGUGACUCCUUAAACUCUUCCAUUGGAAGGAAACAGUCUCCUCCAUCAAGCCUGGAGAUAUACCAGACGUUGUCCUCGCGGAAGGUCUCCCGGGACGAGCUCUCCCUGGAGGACUCCUCCCGCGGAGAGUCACCCGUCACGGCAGAUCUCUCCAGGGGCUCCCCUGAUUGCGCAGGGCUGACGGAGACCAAGAGCAUGAUCUUCAGUCCCGCCAGCAAGGUGUACAACGGCAUCCUGGAGAAGUCGUGUAGCAUGAACCAGCUUUCCAGUGGCAUCCCGGUGCCCAAGCCGCGCCACACGUCCUGUUCCUCAGCUGGCAACGACAGUAAAGCGGCCCAGGAAGCCCCCACGGUCGCCAGGAUCGGCAGCAUCCCACAUGACCUUUGUCACAACGGAGAGAAAAGCAAAAAGCCAUCAAAAAUCAAAAGCCUUUUUAAGAAGAAAUCGAAGUGACCUGACAGCCUCCGUGGAAUCGCAUCCAAGUGGCAUCUGUAAACUUUUACCUCCCACCCCCCACUCCUGGUUUUUUUUGUUUGUUUUCAUUUUAGGAAUGUUACCCCUGUUGGGGCUCUCGGGACCGGGGUAGGCCCCAGUGGAACGUCCCUAAGGGCCACUGUCUACUGCCUGCUUACUUAAAUGACUAUACAGUCGACUCGUCAAGGCAGUUAGUAUUGAAAAAUCAAGAGAGGAGACAGUUUACAGUCACUUCUGCCUAUUUAUUUCUGCUUUGUUAUUAGUGAUGUAAAUACAAUAUUUCGUUGAGAGCCACUAUGGACUUACAAGCUUUAAUGGACUCGUAAGCCAGCAUGGGCUUGCCAAAAUUUCUUGUUUACCAGAGCAUCUUCUUAUCUUUCCACAGAGCUUAUUUACAUCCUGGACUGACUAACUUAAAAGAAGUAAAACCAAUUGCACUACUGUUUUCCAGACUGGAAAAAAAAAAAUCUGCAAGUGAAACUGUAUAGAGUUUAUAUUAUAAAAAUGACUAUGGAUAAGGGGACUGUUUUCACUUUUAGAUCAAAAUGGGUUUUUAAGUAGAACCUAGGGUUUCUAAUUGACUUGAUUUCUGGAAAUGAAAACCCAUGCUUUUAUUAUGGGAAGCUUCUUUAAAUGCAUUUACUAUUACAGAGUUUCAAGUUCUGCUGUAAAGAUCAUGUCGUUUCGUUUUCCCCAGGGCUUUCACUGUGAUUUACUGCAUUGCAGGCUGUAUGAUAAAAUAUAAAUAAUUUAAAGAGAGAAGGCUCUUGAUUCCUUAUGCAAGCGGAAGAGUUGAAACUUGAUCGAAGGACUUAAAACAUUCACAAGCUUAAACCGAGGCGGGGGGGUGUGGGGAUUCAGGCACUUGUUUACAGACUUUGAAUAACUGCAAAGGAUUUAUGGUUUGUGAGAAAUUUGUACUGUGGAAAAGAUAAUAAAUUGGAGACGUUCUUGCGUGGGAUUGUGCUGAUUUUUGUUGAUAACACUCCACUAAAAACACUGUAUGUUUCCUGGAGAGCUGUGUAAACUGUCUUACUGCUUAAUUGCAAUAUAAGAAAGAGUGAUGUUUCAGAAGUAAGUUGUCAACAAAUUUCUUUCUAUUUUAUAUUGUUUGUCAUAUUUUUAUGUAGUUUGAAAUGUUUAAAUGUUCUAAUAUCAAGAUUAACAAAUAUAAAUUUAUGGUGCAUUUA